UGUAGGAACCGAUCAAUAACUUAGUAGUCGCUGAUUGCUUGUUUCAAUUGGUCUAAUUCUCAACGCGUGUGUGCGUCGUUUAGUGUGCUUUAUCAUUUGCCGGCUGCACUGAUUUGUCAGUAUAGAUCCGACUGACAACAUAUAUAUUACAUAUUCGUCUUCGAAUCUUAUCGUAUACAUACAUACGUAUAUAUUAUUUAUAUAUAUACGCAUAAUAAAAUAGACAAUACAUUUUACAUUGAUCGCAAAUAAUCAACAUGUCUCAUCACGUAAUCGACGUACGUUCCGAUACGGUAAGCUUACCGACUGCGGAAAUGCGCCAAGCCAUGUUCGUAGCUGAUGUGGGCGAUGAUGUUUAUGGUGAGGAUGUGACAGUAAAUGCAUUGGAGGAGAAAGCGGCGAAGCUACUCGGCAAGGAGGCAGGUCUAUUUGUGCCCAGCGGUACUAUGGGCAAUUUAUUGGCAUGUAUGGUGCACUGUCAUCGCCGUGGCUCGGAAGCAAUUGUGGGUGAUUUAUCUCAUGUAUACCUCUAUGAGCAAGGUGGCGCUGCACAACUCGCUGGCAUACAAUUAGCCACACUACCCAAUAAAACGGAUGGCACAUUCUGCCUUGAGGCGCUGCGUCGCAAGGUGCGCUUGGAGGAUGAUCACGAACCAAUUACUUCGCUUGUAAUCGUCGAGAAUACACAUAAUAUAUGCGGUGGCAAGGUGAUAUCGCUGGAGUGGCUCGAUAAACUGGCAGCACUUAUUAAUGGCGACAAACAGAUGCGACCCUACGGCCAACGUAUUGCACUGCACAUGGACGGGGCGCGUAUAUUUAAUGCGGCCGUUGCGUUGCAAGUGCCGGUGGCACGUAUAGCGCGCGAUUUCGAUUCAGUUAAUUUUUGUUUGAGCAAAGGACUAUCGGCGCCGGUGGGUUCGGUGUUAGUCGGAUCAAAGACUUUCAUUAGGCAAGCACGUCGGCUACGCAAGGCUUUGGGUGGGGGUAUGCGUCAGGCGGGCAUUAUUGCUGCUGCUGGCAUUGUGGCAUUGGAUACAAUUGUGCCGAUACUGCACAAGGAUCAUGAAAGGACACGGCGCAUAGCGGAAGCCAUUCACAAUGCAAAGAGCCCAAAUGUCACCGUCGAUUUGGCUACAGUACAAACAAAUAUACUGCUCAUUCGCCUCCCAAAUCCGCAAUACAGUGCGAGUAAAUUUGCUGAACGUUGCGCUACAGUGAAACCGGAGGAACUUGCUGCCGGUCUGUGCAAGGAGCUGGGUAUUGUACUGAAAGUGAGUGCACGCGAUUGGGAGUUUGCACGAAUUGUAUUGUAUCAUCAGAUCAGCGACGCGGAUGUCGAAUUGGCAAUUAAGAAAUUCAAUUAUGUGAUACGUGAAAUCGAUGGCCAAUUGGCUGGUUAAUGUGCCAUGUGGUUAAUGUGCCAUGUGACAUAUGAGAACAUAUAAUAAAUAUAUAUUUUAUGCUUCCAAAAAA